GGAAAUAAUAAUAUAACUAACACGCAACAACCUUAGACAACAUUUUCGCAAACAGAUGAAGGAUGACGGACGUUGGCAACGAUCGGGUGAAGGGCUCGUGGAGUCCUCAGGAGGAUGAGAUACUACUGAAAUUGGUGAACCAGUAUGGCGCGCGGAAUUGGUCCCUCAUCAGCAGCAGCAUUCCGGGGCGUUCUGGCAAGUCCUGCCGGCUGCGAUGGUGCAACCAGCUGAGCCCGGAGGUGCAGCACCACCCCUUCACUUCGACGGAGGACCAGAUUAUCAUCGAGGCGCACGCUAUUCACGGGAACAAGUGGGCCACACUCUCUCGCCUCCUCCCUGGCCGCACAGACAACGCCAUUAAAAAUCACUGGAACGCCACCCUCCGGCGCCGUAGCACGAUGAGUCAGUUGUCAUCGGCUGCAUCGCCAAACACCAAGCGCGCCUCUCCGUUGGAGUGGGACUACCCUUUCAAGAAACAGCAUGCGGAGAAAGAAAGAGAGGAGAUUCCCGUUGUCACGCCUUUGAGUCUUUUUCCCUCGGCUGAAAAAUCAGAUAGAGAACUGGAAGAGGGAGAGAAAAGAGUGGCAGAAGAAAACAAGAUUUCGAAUCAGGAUUACUUUCUGAAGAUCAUGCGGCGCAUGAUUGCUGAUGAGGUUAGCAAUUACCUUCAUACUUUGUACAAGGGAAGGGAAUACUCUUUAGAUCAUCCUCCAAAUCUUCCCAAAUAA